AAGCAACAGCAUAAGUAAAGCGUGACAUAUUUCCUGUGUGCAGGGCCUGGUUUUAUAUGUAUACUGUUCACAUUCAAAUGUAGGCUGUGCUUUGUGUCUGUGGUUUGUAUGGCCUCAUUUCAGGGGUUGAACAUAAGAUGACUUUACCAAACCAUACAGGAAGUGUUAUUCAGUGGAGGGAGAAGAGAAAAGACACUUUAAGCUUUAAGAUCAUAUAGCAGCUUUGUGAAUAAUUGGAAAGCGUUUCAACAUGUGUGUUAAGCACAGAAACCUGACAUGGACACUGGCGCUACUGUUUCUGUCUGGUGCUCUUUGCAGAGAGAUGAAAGUGAAAUAUCAACUGGGACCUAUCUGUGCGGUGAAAGGCUCGUCUGUUGUCAUUCCUUGUUCAUAUGACUAUCCUAAGGAGCAUAAAGUGAAGGAAGUCUUGUGGGGUCAUGAAAAGUAUAAUAUUUAUGACGGCCCUUUCCUAUUUAACAGUACAAUGAAAAAUACCACCUCAAGAUUUCAGUAUAUUGGUGACAAAGAACACAAUUGUUCCUUCUUAAUACACCAAGUAGAGAAUAAUGAUAAAGGAAAAUAUGCCUUCAGAUUUAUAACUGACCAAGAUAAAUGUACUGGCAUAUAUGGCUCAACGUUAAAGGUUGUUGAUUUGAAAGUUUCUUUGGCAAAACUCAGUGGGAGCAGAUCAUUUAAGGAAGGCGACUCUGUGAAUAUGACCUGUACAAACAGCUGUGACGACGGUCACCGUUCAUCUAUUUUCACCUGGUUAAAGAACGGAGAACCCAUACAUGAAGGACCUGUACUUUAUUUAAGCAACAUAUCCUCCACAAACAAUGGAAACUACACUUGUUCUCUGAAGACACAAAGAGCAACACCUUCAGAAGUCAUAAAUAUUGAUGUUGAAUAUGGCCCGAAGAACACAUCAGUGUCUAUCGUACCAUUGAAGGAGGUGGACGGCAGCAGCUACUUCAAACUGAUCUGCACCAGCAAUGCAAACCCCCCAGUGGAGAAUUAUACUUGGUUUAAAAUAGAUGAAAAUGACAAUUUAAUAGAGGUUGGAAACCAGUCUGUGAUCUCCAUUAGUCAUGGAGGCCAGUAUCUCUGCAGUGCCACCAACAAACAUGGAAGUCAAAACUCACCUGUGAUUGUAAAGAAUAAAGAGCCAUUUAACAGAGGUCUACUACUCAUUCCUACUGUUGCUGUGCUUCUGAUUGUGACCACUGUUAUUGCCAUCACAAGUUUGCGUUUCAGACUCAACAAAAAAAGGACAAGAGCUCUAGAGACCGACUGUGAGGAGGACAUACAGAACGCAGUGUAUGCCAACUGGCCUGGUAUUGACACUAACCAAUCGCAAGAGAGAAGCCAGUGCGAGGGAGCGACAUCAGAAGUCAUCUACGCAACUGUUGACUUUCACACCAAGCGAGAGUCAAACACGGAGCAGCAGAUGGACUCCCAUCAUGAUGAUGAAAGUGUGAUUUACAGCACAGUGUGCAGGAAACAACUGUGGAGCCCUCCAUAUAUUGAGACCCUCUGAUUUGACAACAGAGACCCACUGUUUGGAAGCAAUAGGUGUAAAUAUGUUGUAUUUUGUAUUAUGUUUUUACAUAAAAUGACUGUAAAUUACUGCAUCAUAUACAUGGCAGUGAAGAUGAAGUAAAUGUGUGAAAAGACCAAAAACAACACACAUCUUCCCUUUAACACUAAUAGUUAUUACAAGAAAAGUCUCUCAAACUGAAUGUUUACCUGGGGCUGCUGUCAACACAUUGAACUGAAGAUAUAAAUCAACAGAGACUUUAAUAGAAAUUAAGAAAAUAGGUGGUAUGAAACUGACUUUUGGAAGAUGAAAACGUCAGCCUCCAGUCCUCAUAUUAUGUUCACUCUGUUUGGGAAAGGCGACGCACAUUGAGGCCUCGAAACAUAAUCUAAUGGGAAAUUUUGUUAAACAUGCUGGUCAGGGAAUAAAUGUUUUGACAUGCAUCAUUUCUACAGUUGCAAUGAUGUUGUUAGCUGCACAUUUCAGAAUCCAUAAAAACUUUAGUGUAGAGAGUGCCAUUUCAUUUUUUCCUUGUGCUUGAUUCAACACAAAAUGAUCAAAAAUAUCUCUUUCAUCAGUUUCUUUCAUCGUGACUCUGGAUUAAACGUGCACCAACGGGCUGUUAAGUUGCUUUCUGGUGCUCAGUGUUUUACAAAUCACAGAUGCUCUUGUUUUGUAUUCAUUUCCUUUCUGUAUAGUUCGUGUGGUUCCCAAGAGUAGCUUACUAAUUAUAUAGCCAAUGUAGGCAACAGGUGUAGCCAAGCUGGAAAUAUGUGGAAGACAUUAAAUACAGACAUUUAUGUCAGGUACAAACUAUUAAAUUGGAUAAAUGAGAGCAAAGCAAAAACACAAUAAAGUAUAAUGAAACAGUGAAAAGGGAAAACUGCACUUAGACUGAAUGUAAAACAAUUUUAGUCAUGACUGUCAUUAAGGUUCAGUAGUCUUUUCUUCCACAGUGUAAUUUUAAAGAUUUCCUUUUCACAAUAUCUGCCUAGUUGUCCUCCAGGGCUUUAGCGAUGGGUGUGAGUGAAACAAUUCAUCUGCACAUUUAAUAUGCAAACAUUCAUCACUAUUAACCCACGCAAGUUACAUGCCACUCAGUGUAAAGCUAACAUGUUUCUUGUUUACUGUAUCUGAGACA